AUGACGGUGGUCCAUCUACUUCCUCCAGGGGCGGGCACUAGGCCACCUUCUUGGUGUAAGGCACUAACCCCUGGCUGGGCCCCAUCCAAACCUCGCUUGGAGCUCUCUGCCCACCGGAGUGCCAACAAGGACAGCCGAGUUCAGGGUCGCCAGCGCGUGCCCACCUCCCACCAGGAGAAGAGACUCCCUCCUGCCCUUCACUGGAUGCACCCAUGGGUGCAGGCUCUCGCUCACCCCCUCCCAGUGGAGACCUGUCUGCAGAACCCGCUCCCAGUGCGGCCCGAAAGUUACGAGAUCCGACACUAUGGACCAGCCAAGUGGGUCAGCACCUCCGUGGAGUCAAGGGACUGGGAUUCUGCCGUCCAGACUGGCUUUUCCAGGCUGACCAGCUACGUUCAAGGCAAAAACGAGAAAGAGAUGAAAAUAAAGAUGACAGCUCCAGUGAUGAGCUACGUGGAGCCGGGUUCGGGUCCUUUUAGCGAGUCUACCAUUACCAUCUCCCUGUAUAUCCCCUCCGAGCAGCAAUCUGAUCCGCCGAGGCCUUCAGAGUCAGAUGUCUUCAUUGAAGACAGAGCCGCAAUGACUGUGUUUGUGCGGUCUUUCGAUGGAUUCUCUAGCGCCCAAAAGAAUCAAGAACAACUUUUGACAUUAGCAAGCGUUUUGAGGGAAGAAGGAAAAGUUUUCGAUGAAAAGGUUUACUACACUGCAGGCUACAACAGUCCUUUCAAUUUGCUUAAUAGAAAUAAUGAAGUGUGGUUGAUUCAGAAAAAUGAACCCUCCAAAGAAAAUGAAUGAGAAAAUGAAAAGAAAUAGCAUCGCCAGGGGCUGAGCUUUAAUAUAGACAUCAACACACCUAGAAGUAAAAUGUGUGUCUAGUAUCUUCUCCUUGAGAGUACACAUAUGACUUGAGCCUAUUUCCAAUGUGCCUUUUUAAUGCUUGAAGCUUUAUCAAGAUACACAGAUAAUAGGGGACAACAUUCUAUGAGCAUGGAAAUGGUCAUAGUCCUGGUGGUCUUUAGUUCUGUGAGGCUCCAGAGAAAUACCAUGUUACUUCCCCUUCUUCUCUGUAUCAUAAUCAUGUUGCUUUUUUCUACUGGAUCCGUGUCAAUUGGAUGUUAUCCCCUCCAGACAGUAGCAAUAAAAAUGUUAAAGAUUUA